UAUAUAUACACACGUAUACAAACACACACACGCGUACACAUUCGCACACACACAACAACAAAAUUUAUAUAGUUAUACAAGAAUGAGCAGCCAGGGACAUCACAAAAUGCAUGGUGGAAUCGGAUGCAAUAGUAUUGCAGCACUGGCCAAUGACAACAACAGUACAGAUAGCACCACAAUAACGGAGUACACAGAUGAAAUAGAUCUGGGCGACCGUUUCUCAGCAGAUAUAGCCCGGCUCUGUAUGAACGAACGUUAUGCCGACGUCGAAUUCCUUGUGGAGGAACAACAGUUGCCGGCACAUAGAGCCAUAUUGGCAGCACGAAGCGAUUAUUUUCGUGCCCUACUCUAUGGAGGCAUGUCGGAGGCGACACAGCGACAAAUCACUAUGGAAGUGCCGCUGGAGCCGUUUAAAGUGCUAUUGCGUUACAUCUACUCCGGCACUCUGUCGUUAUCCAGCUUGGAUGAGGACGCGAUCAUCGGUGUGUUAGGCAUGGCCAAUCAGUACGGUUUUCAGGAUCUGGAAAUGGCCAUAUCCAAAUAUCUACGUAGAUAUUUGUCUUUAAACAAUGUCUGCAUGAUUUUGGAUGCAGCACGGCUCUAUAAUCUCGAGGAACUCACACAGGUCUGUCUCAUGUUCAUGGAUCGCAAUGCCGUCGAUCUACUGCAGCACGAUACCUUCAAAAUGCUCUCAAAGGAAUCGUUGGAGGAAAUACUGCGUCGUGAUUGCUUCUUUGCGCCGGAGGUGCAAAUAUUUUUAGCCGUCUGGAAAUGGAGUCGCUAUAAUCCGAAUAUUGAUAUCAAAACGGUUGUCUCUUUGGUUCGGCUGCCACUCAUGAAUCUGGAGCAUUUGCUACAAGUUGUCCGUCCAUCUGGAAUUUUGGAUCCAGAUAAAAUUCUGGAUGCCAUCGACGAGCUGAGCACCUCCAAGACAUUGCCCUAUCGUGCAGCACUCUGGCCGGAGGAGAAUGUGGCUACAGCCAAAUUUUCAGCACAUUGUAUCCACGGCGAAUGCCGCUCAUCUUUGUUGGAUGGCGACGUUACCUCGUAUGAUAUGGAGCACGGUUAUACACGCCACUGCAUCACGGAUAGCACUGAUACGGGCAUUGUUGUUGAACUGGGCACCAUGUGCAUGAUCAAUCAUAUACGCAUGCUGCUCUGGGAUCGCGAUAGCCGUGCUUACUCCUACUUUGUAGAGGUGUCCGGUAAUCAACAGCACUGGGAACGCGUCAUUGAUUACAGUGAAUACCAUUGCCGUUCCUGGCAGUUUCUAUACUUUGAGGCACGUCCAUUGCGCUACAUACGUAUUGUGGGCACACAGAAUACAGUGAAUCGGGUAUUCCAUGUGGUUGGCUUAGAGGCCAUGCACACAACGAAUUUCCCCAAAAUCGUUGACGGCUUUGUUGCGCCCAAGGCGAAUGUGGCCACCAUUGAUAUGAGCGCCAUUGUCACCGACGGAGUCAGCCGCACACGCAAUGCAUUGAUUAACGGCGACUUCUCGCGCUACGAUUGGGACUCGGGCUAUACAUGCCAUCAGCUGGGCAGCGGCGAGAUUGUUGUGCGUCUGGGCCAACCAUAUUAUAUCGGUUCGAUGCGUUUGCUGUUGUGGGAUUGUGAUGAUCGUACCUACAGUUUCUACAUUGAGACAUCAACGAAUCGCAAGAAUUGGCAAAUGGUCGUCGAUAAGCGGAACGAGAAGGCGCGCUCCUGGCAAAACUUUCAUUUCACACCACGACCCAUUGUCUUCAUACGAAUCGUGGGCACUCGCAAUACGGCAAAUGAGAUAUUCCAUUGUGUGCACCUGGAAUGCCCCAGUCAGGACAAGAGCUUUUUGAAAAAGAUAGCCGAACAGGAAAAGGAGCGCGAACGUGCGGAAGCCUUCGAGCAGCAAUUAACAGCAGACGAUGACAUUGCGAGUACGUCACGUGCGGCUGCGGCGUUGUCUUUGUCGGUCACCCUAACAGCUGCCAGUCCAAAUAGCAUGACACACUGGUCACGCAUUUCUACAGUCAACACCAAUUCCUCCGCUACAAAUCUGUCAAGCGGCAUGGACUUGCAUUGCGAAUCUUUUGACAAUCUGUCCACAUCGGCCACAGGCUCCGCAACGACAACGCCAUCAACGCCAACAACCAGCACACUGAUGGCUGAGCUAUCACAUCUCUCCCCUAGAUCACUAUCUCCACCAAAACAGCAGCGCGAGAAAGAGAGGGAAAAGGAGCUGGGACGGGAGACAGAGCGAGAACGUGAUAGUGAGAAGGAGCCUGCAGCAGCGCUCGUUCAGCUGGUCUUAGAAGAUGUUGAGCAGCCACCAGCAUCGCCAUCGGCAGCUGAAAACUAAAAACUGGGAUAUAUUUUUUGUUUUUUUUUUUUUACACAGAUAUA